AUGGUGUGGGGCUUCAUUACUGACUUCUUCACCUAUGAGACAACCAAGUCUGUGGUGGUCAAGAGCUGGACUGUGGGCAUCAUCAACCGGGUCGUACAACUGCUCAUCGUCACAUAUUUUGUCGGCUGGGUCUUCAUCCACGAGAAAGCUUAUCAGGUGACUGACACCGGCAUCGAGUCCUCCGUGAUGACCAAAGUGAAAGGCUUUGGGUACCAAAACAAUCAUGUGAUGGAUGUGGCCGACUAUGUUCUCCCACCACAGGGUGCAGGUGUGUUCUGCAUCAUAACCAAAGUCAUCAUCACCGAAAACCAGUUCCAAGGAAGAUGUUCAGAGACUGGGAAGAAGUUUAGUUGUAAAACAAAUGAAGACUGCAACAAGCAUUUGGGUUCUAUCCUCUCCAAUGGUAUUAUAACAGGUGAUUGCCUGAAAUCCUCCAACAAUUCCCAAGGCAUGUGUGAGAUUGAAGGAUGGUGUCCUGCUGAGAACGACAGCGUCAGUGUCACACCGAUGCUGGAUGUGAACAACUUCACCAUCUUCAUCAAAAACAGUAUUCGAUUUCCACUUUUCAAUGUCACCAGAGGGAAUUUUCCUUCCACCAUGAAGUCUGAUGAUAUCAAGAAAUGCACCUACCACCCUCAGAAGAAUCCCUUCUGCCCCAUCUUUCGUGUGGGGGACGUGCUGAACUACACUGGACAGGAAAUCACAAAUCUGACAGAUCAGGGUGGAGAAAUAGGAAUAAACAUUGAAUGGAAGUGUAACCUGGACCUAAACAUUGAGUAUUGUGAACCUAAGUACUCUUUCACUCGACUGGAUGAACCAUUUUCAAAGAAUGCCGUCUCCAAAGGCUACAACUUCAGAUUUGCCAAAUAUUUCAAGACACAGGAUGGGACUGAAUUUCGGACCCUUCACAAAGCAUAUGCUAUCCGCUUUGAUGUAAUGGUCACUGGCAAUGCAGGAAAGUUUGCCACAGUCCCAACACUGAUCAACUUGGUUGCUGCCUUCACUUCUAUUGGACUGGGUGCAGUUCUCUGUGAUCUUAUCCUGCUGAACUUCUUGAAAGGGGCGAAGCAGUACAAAGCCAAGAAGUUUGAAGAGGUGUCGGACGCUCAAAUAGAAGCAGAACUUGCUCAGAGCCCCGGCAGCCCACUGUCACUGAAAGGAGGCAUCAAGAGCUCCUAUGACUCCGGAGCCAUUUCCCUCGCCGCCUCUGACCAACAACUUUGACUGACAAAAACAAUAACAACAACCUGAAGACAUGAACUCUCCUUCUCUUUCACUUGUU